UCAAUAUUCCAGGUGUUAAAAUGUCGGUAAUCCAACGAUGGAUGGAUUUCUUCCUUGACGCUGGAAUUCCUGACGAAACCGCGGCAACAUAUGCCACCAACUUCUCAAACAAUAGGAUGGAGAUGAGUAUGUUGACGGAUCUGAGUAAGGAUUAUCUCAAGGAGCUCGAUAUAACACUCCUCGGAGACAUCAUUCUUAUCCUUAAACAUGCCAAGAAGGUGGCAGAGAAACAAACACAAGAUAGAGUUCUUGGAGAUAAAGAUCAGGUUUCGUUUGGUUAUUUUAAACACAAUAUCAAGUUCUUGUUAGGCAAAGAUCAGGUUUAAAUUAAACACAAGAUU